AUGGCUUGGUUACCAGAACAGCGGAUGCCGAUGACCGACGAAGUUCGAAAUGAACUGAUCGUGAACUGCAUUGUUGUUUUCAUUACCUUGGUUGUCGUUACGUUGAGAGUGGUCGGGCGUGUUUCCGGACCUGGAUUUGGAUGGGAUGAUGCACUUAUUGUGCUUGCGACGCCGAUGGGCGUCGCAAUGCUGAUCUGCCAAGGAGUUUUCUCGACAACUGGCAGCGGAUAUAAUCUCGCUGAACACCCACAAUUGUUGCCAAACGUGCCUUGGAUCCUCCAGGUCUCAUUCGGAAUGCAACCUGUAUACAUCACCCUCCUCGCUCUGUGCAAAGCCAGUAUGCUGUGCUUUUACCUCCGAAUAUUCCCGACGCAGUUCAUGAAAUACUCCUCAAUAAUCUGUCUCGUCUUGGUCGGUCUGUGGAACAUAUCUUGCGUUUUUGCCUCUAUAUUCCUUUGCAAGCCCAUCUCGGCUCAGUGGACAGGACAGGGAGUGUGCGGAGCAUACAUUCCCUUCAUUCAAUCGGUCAUUGCUACAAACGCAGCAGGUGACUUGGUCGUGAUGGCUUUGCCCAUGAGGUCUUUGUGGCAUUUACAGAAGAGAAAGACAGAAAAGUUGGCAAUCAUGGCCUGUUUCUCCUUGGCUACGGCUGUUGUCGUUUGCGCCAUCUUCCGAAUCAUCUACAUCUCGACCGUCGACCUAGCCAUGAACGUCACCGGUACCAUGCCCACGACCAUCCUUCUCUUCAUCCUCGAACCCAACCUCGCCAUUCUCUGCGUCAGCAUCCCCAUGCUUCGGCCAUUCUUCGCAAAGUUUAGAAAGGGCGGAGGUAGUUCUAGCGAGAGAUCAGGGUACCCUUCUGCGCUCGGAUCCGGUGCCGGGAACAGCAAGCGAUCGAAGGACUUGUCGACCUGGGAGAUGGGAACAUACGGCCAUGCUAUGAAGGGAAGCCACGAUGCUAAUGUGUCUCGGGCGGACGAUGAGUCGGGUUCCGAGAGAAGAUUGACCAGGACAUCCAUCAUGCAAGAUGAAAUCCGUGUGCAAAAGGAUUGGAGCGUCAGACAUGACUAG